AUGUGGUACGUUGACACACUACCAAAAGAAACAGAGUUGGAAAAGAAACACUUUUAUAACAAGCUGACUGCUGACAACCCUACAGAAACAAAACAUUUUCUGUUUUCCUUUAUUUCCUCAACAGGAGUAAAAAUAGAUAUUGAAAAACUUUAUGAAGCAGUGCCACAGCUUGUAAAUGUGUUCAAAAUUAAGGAAAAAAUUGGAGAAGGUACUUUUAGUUCAGUUUAUUUGGCCACAGCCCAGCUACAAGCAGGAUGUGAGGAAAAAAUGGCUUUGAAACACCUAAUUCCAACUAGUCAUCCUCUACGAAUUGCUGCUGAACUUCAGUGCCUUACAAUAGCAGGGGGGCAGGAUAACGUUAUGGGAGUUAAAUAUUGCUUUAGAAAAAAUGAUCAUGUAGUUAUCGUUAUGCCAUAUCUGGAACAUGAAUCCUUUUUGGAUGUUUUGAACUCUCUCUCUUUUGAAGAAGUACGAGAAUACAUGUUUAAUCUGUUUAAAGCAUUGAGGCGCAUUCAUCACUUUGGUAUUGUUCACCGUGAUGUCAAGCCCAGUAACUUCCUGUACAGCAGGCGGCUGAAAGAGUAUGCCCUAGUAGAUUUUGGUUUGGCACAAGGAACCCCUGAUACGAAAAUAGAACUACUCAGAGUUGUCCAGUCUGAAAGCCAACAGGAAAGUUGCUCACAAAAUAAGCCUCACCUAACCUUGGGAAACAGGGUUUCUGUCAAUGUUACAGCAUCUAGACAGAUAGCUCAACAGUCAGCCUCAAAAACAUCUGAUAAAUGGUGCUGCUCGCUUUCACAAAUGCAGAUUAAACAAGGAAAAGAAGGAAAGGAGGGGUCUGCGCACCAUUCUGUCCAGCGCUCUGUCUUUGGAGAGAGAAAUUUUAAUAUUCAUAGCUCCACAUACCAGGAGAGCCCCACAAUAAAAGUCAUAAAGCAAUCAAAGGUGAUGGAUGUUGCAUCUAGAAAAUUAGCAACAAAGAAGAAGAUUAUUUCUACAAAAGCAGUGAACAAUGGUGUAGCCAGGAAAGCUGCCAACAGUUGCCCAGCUAUCUUGACCUGUGACUGUUAUGCAACAGAUAGAGUUUGCAGUGUUUGCCUUUCAAGACGUCAGCAAGUUGCUCCUAGGGCGGGUACACCAGGAUUCAGAGCACCAGAGGUGUUAACUAAGUGCCCUACUCAGACUACAGGCAAAUCAAUACUGUGUACUAAAGAAGUCCCAGCACAGGAUUUAAGAACACUCUGUGAAAGACUGAGAGGAACAAAUAGCAGCUGUGCUAAAUCAACAAGCGAUGUGCACACCAACUCUUUAUAUGAACCUGCUUUGGCAAUUGACACAGACAAAAAGGUAGAGUUUGCUCCCCAACCACCUGGGGAAAAAAUCCAGCAUCUGAAGAACUGUCAUGAAGGUAACAAUGGCUUGGAAAUAAAGAUAACAGAAAAGGCAACUGAUUUGAAAGGAUGGGACAGAGUUCCUGAUGAGGCUUAUGAUCUACUUGAUAAGCUACUGGAUCUAAACCCAGCUACAAGAAUAACUGCAAAAGAGGCUUUGCUGCAUCAUUUUUUUAAAGAUAUCAGACAGUGAGAAGACGCCUGAUUCCAUUAUUUCCUUGAUCUUUGCUUCACAUGAAAAUAUCAUACAGUAUUAGUUGAAUUUCAGAUGCUCACUUUGAGUGUAUUUAUCUUCAUGGCAUGUAGUGAUCUGCUUUUCUUGUACUCUGUGGAAGAGGUUUCUGAAAAAUUGCCAGAAAUAUGUUUCUGGUGGAGGAAGGUUGGCAUCAUGGAUUGGAAGUAGAAUACGGAGCAUUUCACCUUUUUAAAUCACAAUUUCAAGUCCAUUUCUUGUUACUAGUGAUGGAAACAUCUUCUGAUGGCUGUUCAGUGGCCUAUGUGAAGUGAAUUUAUGGUUGUAGUCCAACUGUAGAAGACAAGUGUUCACAUUACCAAAACCCUUCCUUGCUGACACUGAUACCAAAUACUGAAUAAGCAAGACAAGUGACAUACUUUCACACACCCCCCCUCCCCAGGUUAUUGCUGAAGCUCAUUGCUGAG